CGGCCCACCCGCGGGGAGGGGGGGUCUGGGCCGCCCAGAAGCGAAGUACCUUGGCCAGGUGUUAGGUGGCCUCGGCGCCUGCUUUAGAGGAGGUACAUAAUCACACUGGCCGUUAUUAUUAGGCCACUACUGGAUGCCUUGCCCCGUGCUGGGCGUUGAAUAUCACUCGAUGCCCUUUGACCGUCUGUGAAAUCUGGGCGCCUUCUAGCUGUCCUGGUAACUUGAAACACAGAGCUCUGACUUCGGGUGGGGGGAAUGGACCACGUUGGGUUUUCUCUUUUUUUAAAAAAAAACUUUUCUUAAGGUAUAAUUCACAUGCUAUGGCGAGAUUUUGGAUCUGAUGUAGGUGUACCUUUUUCUUGUGGCUGUUUUAGUGAAAGGCUGUAGCCGGCGAUAAGGGUUUGGGUACUGGGUUGAAGGUCGUGAUUUAUUUCUUUCUAAGUACGUAUUUGUGGAAAUUUUCAGUAAAAGGACUUUAUAAAGAAAAGAAACCGAUAUUAUUAAGAUGUAAGGUGAAGCUGGACUGAAAACCGGUUUAUACCUUGAGUCUGUGAUUUUCCGAAGUCUGCCCAGAAUUUCUUCGGUUUUUGUUUUGUGUGCUUUAGAAUGGUUGAACCGUCUGUAGCAGAGAAAGGCGUAACGUUUCCGUUCUGCGGCUGUGAAUUGUUAGCUUCUUUUCUUAAUGAACGGAGUUGCAUAAUUUGGGGGAAAACAGGAUGUCGCUGUAGGUGAACCAAAGAACGUCUAGAUAAUCUCAAAUUUUGGAAAAUCUAUUCAGCAUGAUUUUAAAGAGCGUUCUCUUUCAGUUGAGCCCCAUAUGGGGGUUGGAAGGCAGCAGAGAGGACCCUUUCAAGGUGUUCGCGUGAAGAACUCGGUGAAGGAACUCCUGUUGCACAUCCGAAGUCAUAAACAGAAGGCUUCCGGACAAGCCGUCGAUGAUUUUAAGACACAAGGUGUGAACAGAGAGCAAUUCACAGAAUUGAAGAACACAGUAUCAUAUAGUGGGAAAAGGAAAGGCCCUGAUUUAUCAUCUGAUGGACCAGCUUGCAAAAGACCAGCUUUGUUACAUACCCAGUUUUUGACGCCACCUCAAACACCCACACCCGCGGAAAGCAUGGAAGAUGUCCAUCACAAUGAAUCCAAACAGGACAGCAGUGCUGAUCUGCUUCAGAGCAUUAUCAACAUUAAGAAUGAAUGCAGCCUGGUUUCCCUGAACACUGUCCAAGUUAGCUGGAUGCGCCCUGGGGUCCCUCCAAGCUCCCCCCACGAGCAGUGUCAGGACUUCCACGGAGGGCAGGUCUUCUCUCCACCUCAGAAAUACCAACCCUUCCAAGUCAGCAGCUCCCCACACGUGAUGGAUCAGGCUUCCAUGUACCAGUAUUCUUCACAGAACCAGAACGUGCAGCAGCUGCCGCCACAGCACUACACCCACAACCCAGCUCUGGAAUACAGUCCUUAUUCCAGGACUUCCCAGUCCCCCAGCUAUGAACCAAACAUCUUUGAUGGUCAAGAACCACAGUUCUGCCUGAACCAAAGUUUUGCAUCCCUUCUAAGUGGUCCCAGGGAAUCUGAGAAUAUUGCUGUUCCCCCACAGACUGCCCCCAGCGUUCAGCAGCAAAAUGAUGCCCACGUGCAGGACUUCAACAUGAUGUCACACAGUGCCUGUGAGGCCCUGGCGAGGCAUGAUGCAGGCUCUGCCCCUUUAAACACACCACUGCCCUUCCCGAACAUCGUCGGAAAUCCAAUGAACACCACACAGUUAGGGAAGUCAUUUUUUCAGUGGCAAGUAGAGCAGGAAGAAAGCAAAUUGGCACAUAUCUCCCAAGACCAGUUUCUUUCAAAGGAUGCAGAUGGUGACACGUUCCUCCAUAUUGCUGUUGCCCAGGGGAGAAGGGCACUUUCCUAUGUCCUUGCAAGAAAGAUGAAUGCGCUUCACAUGCUGGAUAUUAAAGAGCACAAUGGACAGAGUGCCUUUCAGGUGGCAGUGGCUGCCAACCAGCACCUCAUCGUGCAGGAUCUGGUGAACCUUGGGGCCCAGGUGAAUACGACUGACUGCUGGGGAAGAACCCCCCUGCAUGUUUGUGCUGAGAAGGGCCACUCCCAGGUGCUUCAGGCAAUUCAGAAGGGAGCAGCGGGGAGCAAUCAGUUUGUGGAUCUGGAGUCAACUAACUAUGAUGGCCUGACCCCUCUACACUGUGCAGUUGUGGCCCACAAUGCUGUGGUUCACGAACUCCAGAGAAAUCAACAGCCGCAUUCACCUGAAGUUCAGGAGCUUUUGCUGAAGAAUAAGAGUCUAGUUGAUACAAUUAAGUGUCUGAUUCAAAUGGGAGCCGCAGUGGAAGCUAAGGAUCGUAAAAGUGGCCGCACAGCCCUGCAUUUGGCAGCUGAAGAAGCAAAUCUGGAACUCAUUCGCCUCUUUUUGGAACUGCCCAGUUGCCUGUCUUUUGUGAAUGCAAAGGCUUACAAUGGAAACACCGCCCUCCAUGUUGCUGCCAGCCUGCAAUAUCGGGUGACACAGUUGGAUGCAGUCCGCCUGUUGAUGAGGAAGGGAGCAGACCCAAGUACUCGGAACUUGGAGAAUGAACAGCCAGUACAUUUGGUUCCUGAUGGCCCUGUGGGAGAACAGAUCCGACGUAUCCUGAAGGGAAAGUCCAUUCAGCAGAGAGCUCCACCGUAUUAGCUCCAUUGGCUGGGAGCCUGGUCAGCAAUACUCACUGUCAGUUAGGCAGUCCUAAUGUAUCUGUACAUAGACCAUUUGCUCUGUAUUGGCAAAUGUAAGUUGUUUCUAUGAAACAAACGUAUUUAGUUCACUAUUAUAUAGUGGGUUAUGUUAAAAGAAAAGAAGAAAAAUAUCUAAUUCCUCUUGGCAGAUUUUAAUAUUUCAUACCCAGGUAUCUGGGAUCUAGACAUCUGAAUUUAAUCUGAGUGGUAAAAUUGACUUCAAUUUAACAGUAGCUUUUGGGUAGGAGAAGGCUUUGAUUUGUGGCAUAAGGCAUUGCUUAUGUAGCUAUUGCCAGUUUAAAAGGAGGUGAAUUGUAAACUUUCUUUAAAGAAAAAUGAAAGCAUUUGGAAGUUAAAAAAUAAAUCUGGAUGUAGUGUUGAGGCUUCGUUUGGCCUGAUGCAGUACCUGAUAGUUAUUGGUGUUGGAAAGUCUCUAGUCGUUGGACUAGAUGGAGGGUACCAUGGUUAAAGUUUGAUCUUUGCAAACUGUAUAUAAUUGUUAUUUUUGUCUUUUAAAAUAUUUAUACAAAUAUUUGUACAUUGGUCAUUAACAUGGCCACAUUUGAAAUGUGUAAAUCAAUAAACUAGAAAAGAACAAGUGGAUUUUCACUAUUUUUAAAAAUCAUAUGCAUUCAGAGGAGCUGUGUAAUCACCGUCUCUGUAGAUGAAACAGAUGGAGAGUUGUUCCUUUAGUGGCUGGCAGAGCUCUGUUUGAAUUGUAAAUAUGCUUUGAGAUGAGAUACAUUAUUUGUAGGGAAUUGCAUGCUGUUAAAGAGAACACCUUUUUAUGACUCACUUUCUAGAGUUUAUGAUUUACUUGCUCUGUUGGAAUGUUUGUUUUACCUUUAUAAGAACAACAAAAAGUCAAUAUUGAAACAUGUUUUACUGGUUUUCUGUUGUCAAAUAAUGAUAACGUACCAUGAUGUUUCAUAUUACCAUUCAGAAAAAAAAUGCCUAAUUUUUUAGUAACUUUAAUUCUAAUAAUAUUAUUUUGCUUAUUUCUGGCAUACCCCGAGGAAUGUAUUUGGCUUUGAUUGUGCAUUAUUCUUUGUAAUAAAUUUGAUUCAUGAAAAA